AUGAAGGACUUAACAACAACUCAGGUGCCGGCGGCACAUGGUAUGGAUGGCGCGGCCGAGCCGCCCGCCUCGUUCGGUGCUGAUGUCUGCGUUCUCAGCGCUUCACACAUCAGCUGUUCUCCGGCGUUGGUGUUUAUAAAGCCGAGAGCUCCACCGGCUCCCUACACAGAUUCAGAGGCCAGCAGCCGGCCAGAGUUGCUUGAGAAGUACGGCUACCCAUGUCAAGAACACAUCGUGGAGACUGAAGACGGCUACAUUCUGCGGAUGCACAGGAUCCCCUACGGCAAGGCCUCACCUCUCGUCCCAGGGAAACGCAAGCCCGCAGUGCUGGUGCAGCACGGCCUCAUGAACAGCGCCGAUGACUGGGUCAUUAUGGGGCCCAACGCCUCUCUGGCAUACAUUCUGGCUGACAAAGGGUACGACGUGUGGCUCGGCAACAUCCGUGGUAACUGGUACUCACAGAGGCAUCGUACCCUUUCUCCAGAAGAGGACAAAUAUUGGCAUUUCAGCUGGCACGAACAUGGCAUUUAUGACAUGCCAGCACAAAUAGAUUAUGUCUUAAACGCGACUGGCCACAAGCAGAUCUACUACAUAGGACAUUCCAUGGGCACGACCAUGUUCUACGUCGGAAUGUCAAUGAAGCCUGAGUACAACGAAAAGAUUCGUGCCAUGUUCAGCUUGGCGCCAAUUGCUUACAUGAACCAUAUGAUCAGUCCACUGUUCCAACUUUUGGCACAAUUUACAACAUCCGCUCAGGUGCUGCUGCAUCUAAUUGGAGCUAGCAAAUUUACUCCCAGCCAGGAAUUGAUAAGGCUAAUACAACCAAAGAUCUGCAAUGACAAAGCCAUUACUGAACCAAUAUGUACCAAUGUCGUAUUUAUGAUCUGUGGUUUUGAUAAGGAACAGGUCGUGGAGGAAAAGCUAGCAGCAAUUUCCGCACAUAUCCCUGCUGGAUCCUCCACCAGACAGUUCAUACAUUACGCGCAAGGCAUAAACAAAGGAUAA